UGAUCGGGGAUUUCACCAUUAAAACCUAUGGGGAAAAAAUAGAAUAAUAAAGAAAGGAAACAGUAUGUCGGCCCUGUCGUUUGAAGGUUUGAUCGGGAGAGGAGGAUUUGGGGCUGUCUACCUUGUAAAAGACAAGACCGACGGAGAGCAAUAUGCUCUCAAAGUUGUGGACCUCGGGAUAUUUAGACCCGAUUUGUUGGAAAGGGCCUUACAGGAAGCUGAGGUAAUGAAACAACUCGAUCACAACCACGUGGUUCAGUACAUCGCAUCGUACAAGAAGGGCACAAACAUCUUCCUGUUCACAGAGUACUGUGACGGCGGGGAUCUGUCUCAGUUUCUUAGGGAAUCUAAGGAACAACUACCGGAAGAACUUGUCGUCUGUUGGACGUGGCAGAUGUCGUCUGCACUUUCUUAUAUGCACUCCAUGGACAUCAUUCACAGAGAUUUGAAACCAGAAAACAUCUAUUUGACAAAAGAAGCCAAUCUUAAACUGGGUGACCUUGGCAUUGCCAGGGAACUGGACGCAGAUAGUAGAAUGGCGUUCACAGUUGCGGGUACCCCGUGUUAUAUGAGUCCGGAGGUUUUCUAUCAGCAAGGAUAUGACCACAAGGCUGAUAUUUGGAGUCUGGGGUGUAUUGUAUAUGAGCUGGCCACCGGGAAUAGAGCGCGCGACGGACUAGAAUUACUCGUGUUUCAACUGAUUGGUGACGCAAAUGUUCUCGGUGGCAAGAAAUUAGUUCUUCCUGAUAAUUACAGUAGCGAACUAAAAAAACUUGUCACUGCAAUGUCGGACAGAAAUGAAGACGUCAGACCUAGUACCGGCGAAAUCAUUUCAACGUCACCGGUUAAAGAAUACGCUUCUUCGAAGAAACCCCCUUUAGAUAUAAUUAAAUCUACCGGUUACAAAACCACUUGGGGUACAGACAAAUCGCAAACAGUGCACCUGCACGCGUUCGUUCCACCAAAUAAUUUCAAAGCGAAGGACGUCACGCUUCCUGCAGACAGAAAGAAGUUGCGUAAAACAGCCCUCCCUGUCUCAGGACGAGGACCAAUGAAAACGAAGCCUGUCAGCCAGAGAGAAGGCGCCACUGGAGGACGCGAAAUGCAGACAUUCAAAACAUUCAUGAAUAUGAUGAUGGAUAAAAGCAAGAUUUAUGACGAACAGGUCACCGCUCUGGCAACAUCCUCGGUGGCUUCAGAAAUGAGAGAACAACGAAUAGAUUUGCUGCUGAAACAAAUCGUGAUUUUGCAACAACACUGUGCACGUGAAAUCGGCAUGAAAACUCUGUCAGCGGUAUAUCGGGUCAUGUCAAAAACGCAGAACCUUGCAGAUCUAAAGGAUGCUCUUGCAUCACUAAUGGGAGACGAUGGCGCUGAACGCUUUGGACCACAGUUAAUUUUUCUGAGGAUGUACGAGUUGGCGUUUGAUCGCUCUCUGCAAAUCAUGGAACAGAGAAAAUAGAAUCUUAAACUUCAUCUGACAUUUACUUUUGAGCCCGCACAAUGUGCCUGCAACGCUCGUUUGAGAGAAUCAUGGGUGGGGUUUGAACUAGUGUUGGGAGUAUAUUGGAGUUUUAUUGAUCAGUCGUCGAUUUGCAUAAUCUUACUCGCAUUUUACAAAUUCGCUUAUUUGACCUUUAAUAUUUUAUUCAGUAUCCGUGUCCUUUAUAUAUACAUGUACAUGGAAACAACCCAACCCACCCCGAUUUCACAGUUAUUUAAGAAUUGAACGUUAUAUUUUUUGACGUUCAUUCGAAUAUAAACACCAAAACCGUUUUACACACUGUAUGAAAUAGCGUAGCGCGUUAGCACGAAGCCGUUCAUACAUAAGUUAUAAUUCCAAAUGCAUUAAUAUUGCCAUUAUACAAAACUAUAUUAAAAAACCCAAUCGAAGUCUAUUCCACAAUGAUUUACAACUGUAUCAAUACACAAAUAAGGGAAUUCUCCUAGAAAGUUACAUUCGUUUUUUUCCGUCAAAUCUCCGAUUCAUUAUAUUGAUUUACAUACGGUUUUAUAAAUUUUAAUUGUCUGAAUCAGAUGUGGAUAAAACGUUAUAAAAUUUAAAAUAACAGAACAUCAACUGAUAACGCAAACAAUUUUUCCAUGAAUUUUGAACUAAUUAACAUGAGGGAGAGCGUCAGAUUAUUUAGAAGAUUUAUCUACUACCUACAAAAGUUGAAGAAAAUGUAAGGUUUUUUUUGCCCUACUCUAUUUAAAUAAAGGUAACUAUAUAGCUUGCGUCCCCCCCCCCCCCCCCAAGGUUGUAUCCC